AUGACGUCGCGAUCCAAAGAAAAGGUGGCAGCGGCGUUCAAGAAGUUGUUUCGGAGUUCAGAGAAGAGGGACAAUGAUGGAGCGGGUCCCAGUGGCUCUCCAUCUCGGCGCGGAUUAUUCAGACGACACAGAGACGGAGUCACUCCAGUAGAAACGGCAGCAAGUUUACCAGCGAGUCCAACUGGAAAUUCUCAUUCCAAAAAGAAGGCGGGUGCAGCUACUGAUGUUCGGGAAAGGGCGGCUGCGGUGCGCACGCGCCGUCUUAUGAAAGAGCUCAAGGAAAUACAGCGUUCGCAAGAAAACCGACCAGAUCCUAUCUUUACGGUGGAGUUGGUGAACGACAAUUUAUUUGAAUGGCACGUACGUUUGCAUCAAAUCGAUCCCGAGAGCGACUUAGCGGCAGAUCUGCGGGAGCUGAGCAUUUCCAAUAUUCUACUCCACCUUAUUUUUCCUGAAAAUUUCCCCUUUGCGCCUCCCUUUAUGCGCGUUAUCGAGCCACGGAUAGAAAAAGGAUUUGUUAUGGAAGGUGGAGCAAUAUGCAUGGAGCUUUUAACACCACGAGGUUGGGCAUCAGCCUACACAGUUGAAGCUAUUGUGAUGCAGUUUGCCGCGUCUGUAGUAAAAGGUCAAGGGAGGGUGGCGCGGACACCGCCUCGUUCUUCACGGGAGUUCACCAAGAGACGAGCGGAGGAAGCGUUCAGAUCGCUAGUUAAAACUCACGACAAAUACGGCUGGGUCACGCCGGCUCUGUCCGACGGUUGA